UCCCCUUUUCCACUGACCAAUUGAUAGCCCAACCUCACCUCUCCUCUCCUCCUCCCCCCUCCUCUCCUCCUCGCCUCCGCACCAGCAGUUUCGUGCACCGCACUUCACCCACCUACCUCCCCCAACCUCCCCAUCAAAAACUAGUAGUAGCAGUAUCCACCCAUCCACGCACGCGACCGAGCGCGAUCGAUUCGAGGCGGCGGCGGCGGAGGAGGAGGAGGGGGAGUAGAUCCGGCGGGCGGCAGCGAUGAUGAAGUCGCUGCUGCCGCAGAGCCAGCUGCGGCGGUCGGCGGCGGCGGCUUCGGCGGCGCGGUCUUCGGGAGGAGGCGCGGGGUCGGGCGGCGCCGAUGGGGCCGGCUCCGACGGCGGCGCGGGCGGGCGUGCCCCCGCCACGUCCACGUUCUGGUUCCUCCUCCACGCGCUCUGCUGCCUCGUCUCGCUCUUCCUCGGGUUCCGCUUCUCCAGGCUCCUCUUCUUCCUGCUCUUCUCCACCACCGCGCUCUACUCCUCCACCUCGUCGUCCUCCUCCUCCGCCGUGCUCCGCGCCACGACGACGACGACGACCACCACCACAACCACCACGACCACCACCAACACCUUCACCCUCUCCUUCCAAGCCAACCCAAACCCUCCCCCAUCUAACCUCUCCAACCACACUGCCCUGGACGCGGCGGGGGCGGCCGGGCACACGCAGAGCCACGUGGUGGUGGGGCGGCAUGGGAUACGGAUCCGGCCAUGGCCGCACCCUGACCCCGUCGAGGUGAUGCGGGCGCACCGGAUCAUGGAGCGCGUGCAGGAGGAGCAGCGGAGGUGGUAUGGCGUCAAGGAGCCGCGCCAUGUCCUGGUCGUGACGCCCACCUACUCCCGCGCGUUCCAGGCGCUCCACCUCACCGGCCUCCUCCACUCCCUCCGCAACGUGCCCUACCCGCUCACCUGGAUCGUGGUCGAGGCAGGCGGCACCACCAACGCCACCGCGUCCCUCCUUGCACGCUCCGACCUUACCAUCGUUCACAUCCCCUUCCCUGACCGCAUGCCUCAUGACUGGGCUGACCGUCACGCAACCGAGAAUCGUAUGCGCCUCCACGCACUGCGGGUGAUCCGGGAAAGGAAGAUGGAUGGUGUGAUUGUGUUUGCGGAUGACAGCAAUGUUCAUAGCUUGGAGCUGUUUGAUGAGGUGCAGAAGGUCCAGUGGAUGGGUGCGGUGUCUGUGGGUAUACUCGCACAUACUGGAACAGCAGACCAGCCACGACUUAGUGAAGAGGACAAGCAGAAUAUGCCUCUUCCAGUUCAAGGCCCUGCCUGCAACUCUUCUGGGCACCUAGCCGGGUGGCACACAUUUAACUCAUUGCCUUUUGCCGGGAAAACUGCCACUGUUGUUGGAGAGGCAGCACCGGUUCUACCAAGGGGUUUGGAGUGGGCUGGUUUUGUGUUGAACUCUAGGAUUCUUUGGAAAGAGGCGGAGGGAAAACCUGAUUGGGUGAAGGAUCUGGAUGCUGUGGGUGAGAACGGCGAGGAAAUCGAGAACCCCCUUAUUUUGUUGAAUGAUCCAUCCUCCGUUGAGCCAUUGGGGAACUGUGGGAAGAAGAUCCUCUUGUGGUGGCUCCGUGUUGAAGCGCGAGCUGACAGCAAAUUUCCUCAGGGGUGGGUAAUUGAGCCACCUUUGGACAUAGUUGUUCCCGCCAAGCGCACCCCAUGGCCUGAAACUACCGCUGAGCUUUCGGCUGAAUUAGUAGAUUCCAAACAAGAUCAGGAGGGUAGGCGGUUGUCAAGAACCGACAGAUCAUCUCGGUCCCGAAGCACCACAAAGCGGAAGGAGAACUGAAGCAAAAUAAACACAUCUUGUAAUGUAUAUCUUACAUCUGCACAAACUACAAUAGGAACCAUGUCUGGUUAAUCUGGUGGGUAUUAUGUUUAUUUUUUUUCCUGAUGUUUUGCUAAUGUGGCAGCGCUUCAUACUCGUAUGUCUUCUGUAGAAGACUGUUUUUUUAUUGGUAGCUGUAUUAUCUAUGUUGUAAUAUACAGUGCAAUCUGAAUCAAGGAAAUGGAAGCUGGAUCCUGGAUAUCAUAUACGCUCCC